AACUCACCUAUCAAUUGUUUACAUGACAGAAUGGACGACGCACGUGGUGUGGAAUUUUUAUGGGAAAAUCCAAUAAAUCAUCCACAAUGUCCUCAUGGACCAACAUUACUACUGGGAAGAUAUGUCAAGGAUGAAGUAAAGAGAUUUUAUGCUUGCUCUGCUUGUCGUGACAGAAAAUUGUGCAGAUUCUAUUUAGAAUAUGGUCAAGAAUUGUCAAAAUCUCAAAAGCGUACGUGGGAUCUGGAAAAUAAGAGAUUCGCCCGGCGCUAUGUUCAUCGAGAAUUGUACAUUCGUUUUAACAAGCUCGAGACGGAGCCGAAAAGACAUUAUUGCCAUAAUUGUGAGAAAUUAAUAUUUGAUUCUGAAAAAGACAAGCACGUGGAUCAUGAGGUUACAGUGAAUUUAACCGAUUAUCAGCUGCAUCAUCCAACAGAGCUUUUAAAACCUUUGGAGAAUGCGAAGAAGGAAGCGCAAUAUUUAUUCUCCAAGAAAUCUACAGAGGAUAUAAUACGUAUGCUUUUGAAACUUGGAGCUAAGCAGAUCUUUUGUAUCGGCACACCGAGAAUACAUGAAUAUAUCAUCGAGCAUCAUGCAGAUAAAAUGUCGUCUCUCCUUUUAGACUUCGACGGAAGAUUUCAUAACUUUCUUGGACCGCUGGAUUAUUGCUGGUACAAUCUUUUCAAUCAUCACUUUUUUAACAAAGAUGCCAUUGACGUGUUUAAAGAUUUUCUUACUCAAAAUGGGGGAAAGGACACUUACUUGAUAUGCGACCCUCCGUUUGGUGGCCGUUUGGAACCCAUAUCAUACACGAUAAAAACGAUAUCAGAUCUGCAUAGAAAAUUAAAUGAACAUGUUCAUGAUGAUAAUUUUUUCUUGAGAAUCAUGUUUAUAUCUCCAUAUUUCAUGGAGCACAUAAUGAGAGAGAAGAGCAAUCCACCACAUGUGACUGGUGGCUUGAGAGAUUUAAAAAUGUCUGAUUAUAAAGUAGAUUAUGAUAAUCAUCCCCUAUUUAUGUCGGAGAAACAUGGUAGAAGGCAAGGUUCUCAAGUGAGAAUUUUUACAAAUAUACCGUUGAAUCUACUGGAGCUUUCUUCAUCUGAUGGAUAUAAAUUUUGUCGGGAUUGCGAAAAGUGGGUUUCUAGUGAAAAUAAGCAUUGCAAGAAGUGUAGAGAAUGCACUUCCAAAGACGGUCAAACAUACAAGCACUGCGACACGUGCAAACGAUGCGUAAAGCCUACUUGGCAACAUUGCCGUAUUUGUAAAAGAUGUAUGUUGAAGAAACACACGUGUGGUUCAAAACCGAAUAUUGUUGGAAGAUGUUUUAACUGUGAUAAAUUAGGUCAUACUAAAAACGAAUGUCCUAAUUUACCUGCUAUUGAAAUCACAAUUGAGCCAAAUAUAAAGGAACGCAAAACGGACUGUGAAUUAAAGACGUCUUCAAUUAAGAAAAGCAAAGUUGGACAUUCUAAGGAAGUUGUUAAACAAAAAGUUGUAUUCGACGAGAAGGAAGUCUUAAAACUAAGAGAGGAGUAUUUAAAAUUGAGAAAAGAACAAGAUCUUAAAAAAAUAAAAAUCACAUCGAGCCAAAUAUAAAGACGCAAAACGGACUGUGAAUUAAAGACAUCUUCAAUUAAGAAAAACAAAGUUGGACAUUCUAAGAAAGUUGUUAAGCAAAAAGUUGUUUUCGAUGAGAAGGAAGUCUUAAAACUAAGAGAGGAGUACUUAAAACUGAGAAAGGAACAAGAUCUUAAAAAAAUAAAAAAUCGCAUCGAGCCAAAUAUAAAGAAACGCAAGAGAGACUGUGAAUUAAAGACAUCUUCAAUUAAGAAAAGCAAAGUUGGACAUUUUGAGGAAGUUGUUAAACAAAAAGCUGUCGUAUUCGAUGAGAAGGAAGUCUUAAAACUAAGAGAGGAGUACUUAAAACUAAAAAAAGAACAAGAAUUUAAAAAAAUAAAAAACUGCAACGAGCCAGAUACAAAGAAACGCAAAACAGACUGUGAAUUAAAAACGUCUUCAAUUAAGAAAGGCAAAGUUGGACGUUCCAAGGAAGUUGCUAAACAAAAAGCUGUCAUGAUCGAUGAUAAGGAAGUCUCAAAACUGAGAGAAAAGAACAAGAAAUUAAAACAAAUAAAAAACCGCAACAAAUAAAAUAAAGGAGUUACUGUAACUGUAUUCGUAUAAUAUAAUACAGUAAGUGUAUAAUUAUAUAUGAAUACGAUUGGUGUAAUAUCGUUAUAUCCAUAUUAAAAAAAUUAAAAAUUAAAAAAA